AUGUCUCAGGACUUGAAGGAGGGCGAACGUCCCCCAGCUAUUCUUGAGCCUCGCUGCUUACUUCGUGGUGAAAUCACCUAUUCUGCUGCGAAGGAAGAGGACAGCAAUAUUCUCCAUGAGCUUAGGUAUAGAGAUGAGAAAAUUCGAUUCUUCACACAUAUUUCUCGCAACCGGAAGCUGAUCAGAAGGAUUAUUGGGCGACAUCUCGGCUUACCAUCUGAUGCAUGUCAUCUGGUUAGUGUAGAAGACUGGAUAGAUGGGAGUUUUAAUGUUUGCAUUCGUGCUGAUAUUGACGAACAAGGAAGUCUUUCCAAAAAACAGGUGAUGGUUCGGUUUCCGCUACCGUACAGAAUUGGCGAAUCUCCUCAUCCUGGAAACUCAGAUGAGAAGAUUCGUUGCGAAGCGGGUACAUAUGCAUGGCUCGAAGAGAACUGCCCUGAUGUUCCCAUUCCACGAUUAUAUGGAUUUGGGCUAUCCACUUGGCAAAAUUUUACCCGCCUCGAUAAUGUGCCCUUGAUCACUCGUGCCAUUCAUUACCUGCGUCGUCGUCUGUUAGGGUGGCUAGGUUAUCCGGCGCCAUCGUCGUAUGUCUCUAGUCAAAUCGACGAAUCAAGAUCUCUCGGCUCAGGAUAUAUUCUUAUCGAGUAUAUCGAUUCAUCACGAGGCAAAAUGCUUUCCGAUACGUGGGAUACUGGGCGCCAUGAUCAAAAGCUACGAACGAACCUUUUUCGUGGCCUAUCGCGCAUAAUGAUAUCCCUGACUCGAAUUCCGUUGCCUCGCAUCGGAUCUUUUAUAUUGGAUGAUUCAGGGUAUCUAAGACUGAGUAAUCGGCCUCUCACCCUCCAAAUCCAAUUAUUGGAAAAUGAACACAUUCCAGUCGAUAUACCUCGACAUAUCACUCACUCGACUGCGGACUCAUAUAUCCAUGAUAUACUCAACUUCCACGAGAACCGCUUCCGCUAUCAACCAAAUGCAAUCAGUAGCCUUCAGGACGGCGUCUAUCAAGCAUGUGCAUUGACAGUUAUAAGGAGUGUCUGGCCUUGUUUCUUUCGUCAUGAUCUUCUCCGAGGGCCUUUCUUCUUGCAGCUCACCGAUCUCCACCAGAGCAAUAUUUUUGUGGAUGAGGACUGGAAUAUCAAGUGCCUUAUUGACCUCGAAUGGGCCUCCACUCGCCCAGUGGAAAUGCUCCAUCCUCCACACUGGUUGUCUGGUCAACCUAUUACUGAGAUCGACGUUGAAGCCUAUGAAAUCCUGCACAAAGAGUUCCUAGCGGUGUUGAAGGAAGAAGAGCAGAACAAGCCAGCAUUGGGACACUCUUCUCUUCAACUACAUUCUAUCUUGCAAGAAGGGUGGGAACGAGGAACAUUCUGGUGCUCUCUCGCGCUCAAUACUCCUAUGGCCUUGUUUGAAAUCUUUUAUAACCAUAUCCAGCCACGUUUUGCGGAGAAUCACAAGGAUGAGGAGUCUUUUUGGCUAAUAACAAUGCGAUACUGGACAUUCGGCACGUUCAAAUUUCUCGAAGACAAGUUAAAAGACAAGGAACAAUACGACCGGCACCUGCAUGAAGCAUUCACCAGCCCAGAUGCUUGA